AGUUCUAGGUUAGUUUCCCGGAUGGAGCCCCGUCGCCAUUUUUAGUUCAGUGCUGCCGGUAGAGUGGGGGACGCUGAGCCGUCGCUCCGCUUGGGAACUGACGACCGAUACACAGCCGCUCGCCGCAGAGCCGCCUUCCCUUCGCCUGCAGACAGCACCGCCUGGCCGGCUCUGAACGCCAUGGGAGACCGAGACGACCUCGUGUACCAGGCCAAGCUUGCCGAGCAGGCUGAGCGAUACGACGAAAUGGUGGAGUCCAUGAAGAAGGUGGCAGGUAUGGACGUGGAACUGACUGUGGAGGAGAGGAACCUGCUCUCCGUAGCGUACAAGAACGUGAUCGGGGCUCGCCGAGCAUCCUGGAGGAUCAUCAGCAGCAUUGAGCAGAAGGAGGAGACCAAGGGCGGCGAGGACAAGCUGAAGAUGAUCCGCGAGUACCGACAGACGGUUGAGACAGAGCUCAAGUCCAUCUGUAAUGACAUUUUGGAUGUACUGGACAAGCACCUCAUUCCCGCUGCGAACACAGGGGAGUCCAAGGUGUUCUACUACAAAAUGAAAGGCGAUUACCACCGGUAUCUGGCGGAGUUCGCAACGGGCAACGACAGGAAGGAGGCGGCGGAGAACAGCCUGGUGGCGUACAAGGCGGCCAGCGACAUCGCCAUGAUAGAGCUGCCCCCCACACACCCCAUCCGCCUGGGCCUCGCCCUCAACUUCUCCGUGUUCUACUAUGAGAUCCUGAACUCCCCCGACCGCGCGUGCAGGUUGGCCAAGGCGGCCUUUGACGACGCCAUCGCCGAACUCGACACGUUGAGCGAAGAAAGCUACAAGGACUCCACACUCAUCAUGCAGCUGCUACGUGACAACUUAACACUAUGGACUUCAGACAUGCAGGGAGACGAUUCCUAAGGAAAAACACUCCAUUCCCUCUAAAACUGUACUUUUGUGAUGAACAGAAUAAAGAAGCACUGCAGGACGCUGAGGACGAGAAUCAGUGAGACGUCAUGGCCAACGCCCCCCCCCCCCUCCCCCCUCCCCCUCCGACAGCUGCCGGUCUGACCCUGAGCUGUGGUUCUUCUCCCUCUCAGUGCCCCCACUUUAGUAUGUCUAUUUGUUUUUAAGUUUAUUUUUUACAACCUGUAUAGCUGAACGUUCCGGCCGGACGGGGCAGUGCAGACGCCUGCGACCGGGGGCUCCUGCAGCUCCCCCCUGCCUGCCGAGCCCAUCCCUCACAAACCGCCUCUUAGUUUUACCUGCCCCUGCCCCCCCCCACCCCCAACCCCCC